CUUGUAGAUCUUCUGUGGAAACAAAAUUCUGCAAUAUUGCCUGUAGAAGUAUCGUAGUCUGUGGUAUACUAUAAAAAAAAAAACAAAAAGAAAACAAUAUGGCAGAAGGAAGACCGAGUUCAGAGUUUCACUCUUUUUAGAAAUUGAGAAAUAAAUUGAAAAUUAUAUAGACUUAAACAUUAAUAUUAUGAUAAGUGUUUUGUUACCUAUUAAUGUGCAUUUGUAAUUGUAAAUAAGCAAUCAUGUUAAAGGAUAAAGGGCAAGUCACUUUUGAAGAUAAAUGGCCAUCAAUGCGCCCUAUAGUCUUAAAAUUAUUAAAACAAGAAACUGUUUCCCAAAUCGAAUGGCAAGAUCUUUUCGGGGCGGUGCACUCAGUGUGCCUGUGGGAUGAAAGAGGCCCAUACAAAGUCAGGGAAGCACUCCAGCAGGACAUUAUGAUGUAUAUCAAACAGGCUCAGGCUCGAGUUCUUGCCCAGCGUGAAGACCAAGCACUACUUAAAGCUUACAUUGCUGAAUGGGGGAAAUUUUUCACUCAGUGCAACUAUUUGCCCACACCAUUCCGUCAAUUGGAGAGUUCCAUUAAUAACAUAAGCAAAGUAGCGAGUGCAAAUGCUUCAAACUCACAAAAAAAGAAUAACAACAAUAAUAUAGAGGAAAGUUUAGUGAGGAAAUUGAUGUUGGAUUCAUGGAACCAGAGUAUCUUUAUGGAUAUUAAGCAAAGGCUUCAAGAUUCUGCCAUGAAACUUGUACAAGCAGAACGCAAUGGUGAAUCUUUUGACUCCCAGUUAGUUAUUGGGGUAAGAGAGUCAUAUGUUAAUUUAUGCUCAAAUUCUAUUGAUAAGCUUCAAAUAUAUAGAGAUAAUUUUGAGGCUGCUUAUAUGCAAGCAACUGAAGAAUUUUAUAAAUUUAAGGCAAAUGAACAUUUGCUUGCCAAUGGUGUGCAAUCAUACAUGAGAUACGCUGAUCAACGUCUUAAGGAGGAAGAAGCUCGGGCCCAUCGGUACUUAGAACCAGGAAGUGGAAGUGUAGCUGCACUCACUCAGUGUUGUGAAAAAGUUCUAAUAGGUGAGCAUCUGCCAACAUUGUUAGCAGAGAGUGCUCCUUUAAUAAAAGCUGGAGAAACAGAAAAGCUUCAGCUUAUGUUUCGUCUUCUCGAUAGAGUCCCUGAAGGUGUUACACCUGUAUUAAGGGAUUUAGAAGCUCACAUUGUGUCAGCUGGGUUGGCAGAUAUGGUAGCUUCUGCCGAUAUAAUAACAUCUGACUCUGAGAAGUAUGUUGAGCGACUACUAGAUCUAUUUAAGAGAUUCAGUACUUUAGUAAAGGAUGCUUUCUUGGAUGAUCCAAGGUUCUUGACCGCCAGAGAUAAGGCAUACAAGUGUGUUGUGAAUGAUACUACUGUGUUCAAAUUGGAAUUGCCAUCCUCAGCACUUUUACGUGGCAGCAAAGGCACAGCACCUGAAAGUAAAUGCCCAGAACUACUUGCUAACUACUGUGAUAUGUUGUUGCGUAAAACACCUUUGAGCAAAAGGUUAACUAGUGAGCAAAUUGAGUCUAGGUUAAGAGAUGUAUUAUUAGUGCUGAAAUACAUUGAAAACAAAGAUGUCUUCAUGAGAUAUCACAAAGCACACCUCACUAGGAGGUUAAUAUUAGACUCCAGUGCAGAUUCUGAAAAAGAGGAAGAUAUGGUUGAAUGGCUACGUGAAGUUGGUAUGCCAGCUGACUAUGUCAACAAGUUAGCUCGUAUGUUUCAAGAUAUUAAGGUCAGCGAAGAUCUUAAUACUCAAUUUAGGGGAGAAACUACUAGGCAUGAUGCAAUUAAUAUUAAAAUACUCAAUGCUGGUGCAUGGGCCCGUGGCUCGGAGAGAGUCACUGUUAGUCUGCCACUAGAACUAGAGGACUAUAUACCGGAAGUAGAAGACUUUUAUAAGAAGAAGCACUCUGGCAGGAAAUUGCAAUGGUAUCACCAUAUGAGUAAUGGAACCAUUACAUUUGCCAAUUCAGUGGGUAGAUUUGAUUUGGAUGUUACAACUUUCCAAAUGGCUGUAUUGUUUGCUUGGAAUCAGAGACCUAUGGAAAAAGUAACUUACGAAAACUUAAGACUUGCGACUGAAUUGCCCGAUCCAGAGUUAAGGCGGACUUUAUGGUCGUUAGUUGCUUUUCCUAAACUUAAACGACAGCUGUUAUGCUAUGAACCUAUUGUACAAAAUCCCAAAGAUUUUUCAGAAAAUACAAUUUUUUGGGUUAAUCAAGAAUUUGCCCUUAUUAAAAAUGGAAAGCCACAGCGACGGGGAAAGAUUAAUUUAAUUGGAAGGCUCCAACUUAGUACUGAACGUUCACAAUUAGAAGAUAAUCAUUCCAUUGUUCAGCUAAGAAUUCUACGAACUCAAGAAGCUAUAAUAAAGAUCUUAAAGAUGCGAAAACGGAUCACAAACACAGCCCUUCAGAGUGAACUUAUUGAAAUCCUGAAGAAUAUGUUCCUUCCGUCGAAAAAAAUGAUAAAAGAACAGUUAGAGUGGCUCAUUGAGCACAAGUACAUGCGACGCGACGAUGAGGAUAUCAACACUUUUAUAUACAUGGCCUAACAACCUCUCAAGUGUAUGUGAAUAUCAAAUAAAUUAUUUACUCAAGAUCA